AUGCAUUUUCAGGUUGACGAGGAAGCAGACUCACCCACCACACCGAGGGUCCAGUAUUCGUCGCGCACCGUCAAAACGUUGCUUCUCAAGGCACUGGAGUAUGGUACUGAGUCCAAUACCAAUCUUACAAACGCAGUAUUAACCAGUAUUGAGCGCAUUGUUCAGCUGUUCGGGUCAGACAUAUUCUCUCGCUCACCAUACGGUGAGUCAGUAUUGGCGAGUAAUGCGGUGACCUCAAGGCAAGUGGUGGACGUUGUGUUCCACUGGCUGAUACCGAACACUCAAAGCCCGGCCCUCACCCCUAAAGUGAGCACUAAAACGCUUGCGCUGGCAUGUGCAGGCGCGCUGCUAUUGGCACACGCAGAGGUGUUGAAUCAUAAUUUAGAGUCUUUCGUUCGAUUAUUAGACUACCACAGGCACAGCGAUCAGGCAGUCCGGAGCAGCGUUGCUUCACUUGUUGGUUACUACAUACGCGCGGCGUAUGAUAGCACAUCGCAUCUAUCUGUACAGAAUCCUGAUGAUGAUACCAUAAGCGACGCAUAUACAAGAAAAGGGAUGUUGGUCGAAUUGUGCUCUGGAAUACUUCUCGCACUGCUCGAUGACACGUCUUCACAGACUCAAAAGAAUGCUUGUCUGUCAGCCGGUGGCUGUGUGGAGAUUCUGCUAACUAUCAAUGCGAGUGGAAAAAAUUAUUCACGGGCCGCCUUAGACUUGGUCACGACAUUGUGUAGUUUGCUGCGAAGAGACUCAUAUUGGCUUGUGCAACUUGAAGCGUUGAGCGCAUUGGCACAAGUGAACUGGAUGAUGAUCAAGUACUGGUCUGAACUUGUCGUCGCACACGAGUUCAGUUACCCAUACAACGGGCAAGCUAAAAAUACACUAGGGUCCAAAAUACUGACACGGGAAUGGAAUGUGCCGCCCUCACGUCUACAAGAGUACGCACUGGAAUCGGUAAUCAUGUCUUUGGAUAACGGCGACGCGCGAAUCAGAGCGCAGGCCGCCAAAUGCCUGACUGCCAUGUGUAGGACAUUACACCAUGAAUCAAGCCGAGGGAAUCCACCAAUCGCGACGGUAUAUUCCUUGCAUGCCCUGUCUGAUGUAUUGUAUCCGCUGACCAUAACAGGUUGUCAACGAAGCAAUAGCGUACUCCAUAUCGAAGACACAUCCCAGCUUGUACCUUUGAUGGGCCCAAGUUAUAUAUACGAAUCUCCCAAAUUGCCCAAUGACACGACUGCUUCUGCCGAAGGAAUUAUCAAUGGGAAUGCGACGCGCGCAUUUUCGAUUAUCGUGGCUAAGAUGCAUGGAGUGAUCAUGCCAUACGUCAAGUGUCAAAGUGUGCCACCUGAGAUCUUUCUCUCCACGAACAAUACACUCGCGGGAGCUUUCGUUUCUCUGGCCGAUCUAUGUCGAACAUACGGGACUCCUCCGGCUGUACACAACUCCGUCAUGCCGUCUGCGGAAGGCGCUGCAAUUCAAGCACAAGGCAGUUUGCUUGGCAACCUAUCCGAUAUACUGCUAUUAACAUUGGAUUUGAUAUCAUGCAGUGAUCUAUGUGUGGAUUUGAGCCUUCAUCCCUUGAUACUGACGUUGCUAGCAGAUCUUUGUCGAUACUCUCGAUCUCUACAAUUUUAUCCACACACUCCGCGUAUUCUGGCCCAUCUUAUGCGAAUCCUUAAUGUAUGUGUGCACGUACUUUGCAAAAUCGAUUUGCAUUUACCCGCCACCGAGAAAAAUAAGGGGACUGCGCCAGCGCAGAAGACGGAUGGGAAAGACAACGAUCUGCUUUUGGCGGAAAAGGCCUGUGCGUUCGUAAACGUACCGGCUUAUGUGAACCUCUACGAUAGAUUGAAGUCAGCUGAAGUGGGGGCGAGCACUACAUUGAUGACUUCCACUGAUCGAUUAGGAAAUUUGGUUUCCUGUGCUCUUCACACUCUUGCGACCUUGAUAGGGAGCAUACAGAAGCAAAUUCUGCCUAUGGCCGACAUUUUGCUAUCCUUCCUACCGGUGUUACUUCCAGUGGCGGGACCAGCCGUAAUUAAUUGUCUGCACGAGUUGGUCAAAGCUGUUAUGACCUCAGCACACGAAACCGGUUCCAGAUCAGAUUUGAAUACCGAGAGUAGGCCACUAACGUUCAUGCAGGGUGCAGAUCUACAGUUUGGUCUAAGUGGGUUGCUAGGCCGGCCGUUGAUGUCACUGGUUAGCCAAUCAUUAGGCCCGCCCAGGUACUCAGGCAUGUCAUCGGACAAAUCCAAGGAACGCGUUGCGCCCAAAGGCUCGGGAGGGGGUAUUAACAGAUUCCCUUCGUGGCCUUUUAGCUUGUCCACUACCGGGACAGGAGUGACCGCUAUGCCGACUCCUGUUGGGAAGGUGAACAAAGCCCGCUUUGUGGAGCGAAUUGAACCCAUAUUGUACAAGGCUUUGGACGAGUACAUAACUACGUCAAAUGUAGAAUUCCAAAAGGCUUUGCUAGCUCUGCUGGCGAGACUAGUGAGCUCUGGGUUGAAUUAUCACCGACUCGACAAAGAUAAGACUUAUCUUUCGUACUUUCAGGGACAGGUGGACGCCAUAAUUAGUGGUCACCAACCCUAUCCCGAAGCACUUGUUCCUUACAUGUUCCAGUUCUUUGUGCUGAUCAGCAGGGAUGCACAAAAACAUCAAGGAGUCAUAUCGUUUGCCAAAACAGUUCAACUCUCUGAGCGACUUCUGGCUGCUGCUGUGAGUACGAAUUUAUCGAUCAGCUCACGUGAAAGGAUGGAGAUGCUUGUAUUGCAAUCCCUACAGCCAAUACUGUCGGAGAUCUUGUCACCUGAGAAAGUAUCAAUGCCACCACCCUCGCCCACAGCGGUCUCUGCGCCAAGUGACCUAGUGGCGAGCAGACGGAGUAGUGAUCUGAUGGCGAGCAGGCGGAGUAGUACACAUGAAGGGGUCCGUGGACUAUUUUCACCUAUACAAGAUAGUUCUUUCUCAUUACUUCUCAGCUGCAUCCAUCGCAACUACGCCUUGGGGAUGGUAACCGAAAUUCUUCGCAGAUCGCAGCCUAACAAAAACUUGAAAAAGACAAUAUCCAGCAGGGUAUGGGCAGCUCUUGUAAUGUGUAUGGCAGGAGUUGAUGGAGCUAUGCUGGCGGUAUCGCACGAUGGUCGAUUAAUGCACGGUGAUUGGACAGUGCUAGAGUUGUACGACUGCGUGUCCGAGCUGGAUCUGGACUACACUGUCAAAAGGAAAGGUUCUACCAGCGUUCUACAGGACAUAACAGCUCUUUUCGAUAUUGCAAAGAGGUCGCUGAGUAUUGGACUGAGUAAUAAGCCCCUUAUCAAUAUGAAGGCGCUCUCAAAUAUAGCCCUGUCAGUAGUCGCAGCUCUGCGGUGCUGGUGCUCUGUUCCACAAGAAUUUCAAACUGAACUGCCCCUGGCAGAUGUCUUCGAAAUCAUCUCAGCUCUUGUCUUUGUCUCAAACAAAACCGAAUCACGGACAGUUCCGACAGCAAAGCAUAUAGACUCACUCUUUAAUCAGAUUAUUCUCAUGUUGCUCUUUUUGCAAGACAAUAUCUCGAUACUUACGAAAAAUUGUACCAUUCUGUUAUUAGCCAAAGACCGCGAGAGCAAUUUUGUGCAUCGUGUAACUUCACAGCUGAAGUUGAGACGCAAUCAAUCUCCCGAAACACUUAUUCUGUGGUUCUCAUUUGUAUCUCGUGGCCUUCCGAUAGAUCAUCCCGCAAUUGUGCGCGAAACUAGUUCGAUACUUAGUAUUGGGCACUCUCAUGAUGCAAAGGUGGCACCCCAAGAUAUCUUGGUUGGUAAUGGAGUAUUCAUUCUUCUAUGCGAGAAACUCAUAUCCGAAGAUCGGUCCUCAGCUUUGGAUAAUAGACAAGACAAAAGCCCGUAUCUCCAAGUCUACCCAAUCUGGCCGUACAUGACUGUCGCUAAUGCAAACGAAACAACAGUAAAAUCAGCUCUCGCCUCCGGUGCGUUCGGAGCCGAAAAUAUGGCGUCGCUAUGCCAGGAGGUCGCAUAUGGCAUCAAGAAUGGGUGGCGAAGGGAACUGGUGUUGAAAGGUAUCCAAUGUUUGAUUAUGGCGAAACCGCGCACACCCGCUACUGAAACUUUCAUGCGGGAGUUGAGUCGAUCUUGUCGGAACCCGUCUGUACGAAGGCGUUUACGUACGGAGAUUUUGAAGAGCACGAUACCCGAUUCAAGUUCAGCUUUGCAAGCACAAAUGAGUUCCAGUGCGGAAACAACAAACAACAGCGAAGACAUUACGAUACAAUCAGUGAUUCCAAUCGACUAUGGUAGCAUUGUAGAGAAAGCUUUACAAGCGCCGUCGCCUUCGAAGGUCAUACGCCAAGUGGCCCGUCAUAUCUUGCCCGCUCGGCUGCUCAGAUGCCUGAUUGAUGGUAGAAUUGCUCCAACAGCAAUGGCGUCAGUCACACUGAAUCUUUUGGAUAGUAUCGAUGCAAGCACCCGCCCGGAAAGGAGCUCGAAUACCUCUGAAAGAGACGUAGUCGAAACCGACUCUACCAAGGAUGCUGCCAACGGCGUUGUACUUGUUAUGGAUGAUUUGGAUUCUCAAACUGACAUCGCAACUGGUAGAAGUCGUAUAGAUGGCGUCGCAGUCAAGAGCUCCAUCGAUGAGGGGCAUGCAAUAACUGGAGACGAUACGAAUGAAAAUGGAAUGUAUGAUAUGCCAAUGCUUGACAUAUCUCAAUCAAGGCGCAACAAUGGAAUCCAAGAUGAAAGAGAGAAAGUUGGGCUCAUAGUGGAUGAGGGUAUACGUGUUGAGGCAGAUACGAUCCAUGAUAUCUGCUUAAGGGAUGUACAUUCUUUUGUUCAAUCCAAGCUACUGAUUGCACUGGCUAAUUUACAUCCAUAUCGUAGUAACGAUGAGACUACUCUGAAGUUGGCCUCGUCUGCAGCUUCAGUCUGUCUGGCAUAUUUAAGACAUCCGUACAUUGCUGCUCAAGCUACAGUCCAUGUGAAGAGUUCAAACAAUGCGCAGGAAGAACAAACUAGCGUUCAUGCAACGAGUGAGGGGGAUACAGAACAUUUAAAUACUUCUGCUACUGAGAACUAUGGGAACCUGGGAGGACUGAAACAGUUCGCAACUGCCUUUAUAGCUUCGGCCGCUCGGUCCGUUCCCGACACGCAGCCUUGCGUGCUCAUAUGUGCAUUGGAGUGUGUAAGCGAGAGCUACAAGCGUGAUUUAUCGAACGAUUCAAAUUGGAUGUCUUCGGUAGCUAGUGUUUACGCUUUUUUUCAAUACUUCGGUCUUGCCCCGCCACUGAGAACCGCACCUCAAAUCGACGCAGAAGAGGGUGAGGACAAUUUGCAAAGUCGUGCACCGCCGUUUUCGCAUGAUGCAACGCAUCAUAGAUUGGGAAUUAUGUUGCAGAAGUUGUGCUCUUCUCUGAUAAGACAAACGCAUGAUUCGAAUGCGAUGACCUCUCUGAUGAGGUCGUUGAAACAUGCAGUCAUAUGUCUGUGUCGCGUAGAUAUGAUGGCUGUUCACUCACAUAUGCUGUGUAUCGAGAGAGGCGAGAUGUACGGUACUUGCCAGGGUCAAAACUUUCCAUCGUCACUCCUGCCUUCAGAUGAAACCGCACACGCUGAACUGGUGGCAGCGGCAUUGCAAACAGUCGGGGUGCUGGGGACGCCUACUGUAGGCUUAUUCAAACAUGUAUGGGCGUCUUUGAUGCAAGCACUUGACGCAGGACUCGAUGUUGGUGAUGGAGAGAAAAUUGGAAACCAGGUUGGACUGGCGAUACGAGGGUUGGUUUCGCUUCUCUAUGAGCAUGCAGAUUACCAAAUACAAUUGAGCAUGAGUAGAAAGGUUUCCCACAAUAGAAACUCUUACACGCAUCAUGACUUCAAAGAUGCUCCAGCCGCGACUAUUUCCAAACAGAUUAACCUUGAUGGGCUAUUAACAGGUGUGAAUAUACCCUCGGACAAUACUGUCUGUGUAGGAGGACUUGUAUGCUUAUGUGAACACCCUACUAGCGCGAGUCCUGUUGUCGACUACGAAGGUCUCUUCGUGGCUGAGAUUAGUGGAGCAGAGAUAAGCGAUAUAUUGUCGACAGAGAGGACACGAAUAUGCAGGUCUGCAGCGAGAUUAGCCCAUUUGGAGAGUAUUUUUCCCACAACUAACUCUAUGCCGAUGCUUCAGCCCCACCUUGAUAUGCUGAAAGUCUGGUACAUCGAUAAGGAAAUCAACUUACGCAAGGUUCCAGUUUUAGCAGCUUCGCCCAUUGAUGUCUUAGAAUUAUGCAAAGUCUUGUCCCGACGAUUUGGGCAGUAUCUCAGUGUUGUUCCUGCUGGUUCAAGGUCGCCCGUGCUGCUAGCAGAGAUUGCAAAGGCCGCUUUACUAUUGGGUUCCAUUACUACCGCCUUAUCGGUGAAGGAAGACACAACGAUACAUACGUGGCUCAGUGACGUGUUUCAACAUUUGGCGAAAGUCCACAAUGAUCUUCCGCGCCUUGGUCCAUACCUCCUCCUCGGCCUCACCAAUGUAGCCAUAAAACUUAGCCGGUUCGAUCUGGUCGCAGCGCAUCUAAACUCAAUGCUAACCACAGUGCUUGAAAUUAGAUCUGCGUCGGCCAAGAGCCAUAGUCAGGACACACUUGCUGGUACUCGGCCUUCCUCUAACAUGCUCGAUUUGAAUCCCAUGGCUAAUCCAAUCGGCACCGAAGUGUGUUUGCUGCAAUCCAUUUCACUUCUGCUGGACGAUUCAAAGACUCGGAAACCUCUAGGCCGGUUGAUACCGUCCGUUGUAUCGUAUCUGUCCGUUGUCUUACGAGGAUGUAACAGUGAUAAAGUUGUGAGUCGAUCCACAUCCGAUCCCAUCAUUCAGGCGCCUAGGUUUUAUCUAGACGUGCUUUUGUUGGCUAUACCAGUAGUGCAACACUACCCUAAUGAAGCCCAUGUGACUGGAUUCGCAGCGCAAGUUGUCAAGGUGUGUGUUACAAUCGCUGCUGACACUCGUACGCCAGAGUUCGUUUUUGAAGGAAUUAUGCGCGGCAUUGAGCGAUUAACAAUCGACUCACGCGUGCACCGUGAGAUGAUAGAGAAGGAAUUGAAAGUGGUGGAGAACUCCAUGAGUGCCAAGAGUAUCUUGCACACGUAUUCAACCCUCCGGUUGUCUGUGUGCCAAUUGUGGGCGAAACCACUCGAUGACGAGCCAGUUAUCGAGACGGUGCGCGGUGUCCUCCGACGCCUGUUCGAGAGAUUACACACGGCUUCUAAUUUGGAAGCAAACAAAGUAGCAAAACUAAUCCCACAGUUAAUGACGAGAUUUCUCGAUGACGAAGAAAUCGUCACCGCUAUAUUGAGCGAGUUACUGGAAUGCACUGUGUUCACUAUCAAGCGAUUGUCAAUAGUUGCUUUGCAAGUACUCAGACGCGUACAGCGACUUCAAGACGGCCCAAUGUUAGCUGAAAUGAUCACUAAUUCUUCGAAAUCUUUCAUGGACAAACUUGAUGGCGACCUCGGCCGUGGCGCGCUUGCUGUUCUCUUCGUAUCUGUGGCGAAGUCUGAUACCGUCAAAGCUCUUGACCUACUCGUUUUGGAGCAGUUAGAGGAGCCAAGCUCAUUCGAUAACGAUCUCUUCUACUUUACCGGCAGUGACUUCCAUAGACAGCUAUCGGAUCCGAACAAGGAAACUUUUGUGGCUGCUUUAGCUUCGAGCGCCAAAAGCGACGUAUUUGCAAAUUUAGUGCGAUAUUUAGCGAGGUGAACAUUCUCUGUUGGCGAUUCUUGACGCGUGCAAUAAAUCAAGACAAAUAAAGUGGAA